AAAUAAUAAUAUGCAAUGCAUUUUAACGGUUAGCGGUCUUACGUGCUGGUGGUGAAGAUGACUACCUAGUAUAGGUACUACUUCAUCGGAACAUUGCGUGAUAUUGUUGUUGAAAUUAAUAUCGAACCAACUCGACAUUUUUAUCACUGUUUUGUUAUUAUCGUAGUCGUCGUCAUCGGAUAUUAUAGUUGUUACGCAUCGAUUUUCGGGCUUAUUUCCAGAGCUCUCGACCGAGACCUUGGACUCCACAGUCGCAUAGGGACCACGUCUGAGAUGUUUCAUAGCAGUCGGUGUGCAUCAAUCGCUGUAGCAACAUGAUAAACACUGCGGUUAUGGAAGAAAACGAUUUUUAUUUUCUCAACAACAAAACCAAAACUACACCUAUCGAAAAGGAUUACAGRAUAUCCAAUAAUGUACUCGGACUGGGUAUCAAUGGCAAGGUGGUGCAGUGUUUUUCUGUUAAAACCGGUGAAAAGUAUGCGCUUAAGGUUCUCGUUGACUGUCAGAAAGCCAGAAGAGAAAUCGAUCUACACUGGAGGGCUAGCGGUUGCAUAAAUAUAGUCAAUAUAAUUGAUGUAUACGAAAACCAAUACAUGGAGAAGAAAUGUUUGUUGGUUAUCAUGGAAUGCAUGGAAGGUGGUGAAUUAUUUCAACGUAUACAAGAACACAAUGAGGGAGCUUUUACCGAAAGGGAAGCUGCACAUAUUAUGACAGCCAUUUGUUCAGCAGUCAAGUAUCUUCAUGACCUUAAUAUUGCUCACCGUGACUUAAAACCUGAAAAUCUCUUGUAUUCUAAGCUUGGUGCUAAUGGCAUUUUAAAAUUAACUGAUUUUGGAUUUGCCAAGGAAGUAUCACAAAAAGCUCCAUUAAAAACACCUUGCUAUACGCCAUAUUAUGUUGCACCGGAAGUUCUAGGUCCAGAAAAGUAUGAUAAAAGUUGUGAUAUAUGGUCAUUAGGAGUGAUCAUGUAUAUAUUAUUGUGUGGAUUUCCGCCUUUUUUUAGUAAUCACGGGCAAGCUAUUUCGCCUGGCAUGAAAAAUCGAAUUAAAACUGGACAAUUUGACUUUCCUAGUCCAGAAUGGAAUAAUGUGUCUAGUGAUGCUAAAACUUUAAUUUCAAGUAUGUUAUCUGUUGAUCCUUCAGUUCGUCUUACCAUCAAUGAAGUUGUGAAACAUAAAUGGAUUGCAAGCUAUACCGAAGUACCCCAAACACCAUUAUAUACCGGAAAAAUGUUGAAAGAGUCUGAAGAUGUGUGGCCCGAAGUUCAAGAAGAAAUGACCCGGUCUCUAGCUACAAUGCGUGUGGAUUAUGAUCAAGUCAAUAUAAAAUCGUUAAAUACUUCUAAUAAUUCAUUAUUAAACAAGCGACGAAAAAAAGCUUCUAACAGUGCAUAGACUUUUUAAUACUAMAUUUAUUUUCCAGAUUAUUCACUAUAAACUGACCCUUUCCUUAAUGCCCAUAUCUUAAUAAUUUUUGUUGGUUUUUAAAUUAUGUACUUUUUUCAAAUUUGAUUUUUGUACCACUGUUUAUUUAUAGUUAAAGUAAUGCAUGUAAUAGUAAGUUAAAAAAUAACAAAAUAGCUCUUUCUUUAUUGAACCUUGAUAGAAUUUUUUUAAUUACGGAAAAAUUAGUGCCAUUUCAUGAACAUUUAUUGAAAUAUUAGUUUAUAAAUUAAUUAAAUCUGCUAUCAAKAAUAGAAAGAAA